AUGAAAGCAUUCGGAGUGAAUUCAAAAUGGACACCCGACAAGAAUCCGACGCCCGACGAUGAUUGGCGACCGAUCACGCCACUCAAGCAGCGUAAAAGAGCAACCACUCCGAAACGAGACCAGCGCGCCGAGAGUCGGCAGAGUCGACGUUUCGAGCCGGAAAGCGAAGAGAAGCCGAAGAGCAGACCACGAUCGUCAGCAUCGGCGGAGCCAAAACCCACAAAGAAGAAUCAGCGUCUCGCUGAAGUCGCCAAAUAUGGUCUGCUACCCGAUGUGGUCCAAUCGGCUAAUGGAACCGUCACCGAUGAUCCCUACAAGCUUCCCACUCAUAUCGGACAAUGCCCUCAUUGUCAAGUAACCGAAAACGGCCUCGGCCAGAAAGGAGCAAUGGAAAAACAUUUCGCGAAAUUGUGCAAAGUCAUGACAACAUGCAAAUAUUGCCUCAAAGUCGUUAUGGUCGCACACCUAACGGACCAUUUAAUUUAUCGAUGCGACUUCCUUAAAGGGACAAUGGAUGAAUGCGGCGAUUGCGGAUUGGCGAUUGAUAAAGAGGACAAGGCGAAUGACUCGGGACAUCCGAUGUGCCGUGGACGAAAGCCACCAUCUGGAGCACAAUGGUGCCCGCUGUGCACGGUGGCGGUUAACGACGAUGAGCAGGAUUGGCGUGAGCAUCUAACCACGACCUGCUACAAUAAUCCACGAAUCGAUGGUCCCGAACGAGAUCCGUAUGAAAUAAAAAGCGAGCAGGACAAAAUACUAAAUGCCGCAAAAGCAAGAAAAGAAGAAGAGAAACGAAAAGCCGAAGAAAAGAAAAAGCUGGAAGAGCAGAAGCAAAGGCAGCAACAGCAGCAGCAGCAAGCCGCUUCCAUGACACCGUACCCCGGAAAAAUGAUCGAUGCGGAUAAGCUGGUCGCCGCGUUGCAGGAGAUUCAAGAACGAAAGAAAGCCGAGAAAAAGAAGAAGUUCAAGGAGCUCGAGAAUUCAUAA